UUGUAAGGGAGCCGCCGCCGCCGCCGCCGCCGCCGCGGUCUCUGCCUCUGCUGGUCCCGCUGUUGCAGACGAGGAUCUGCCACCAUGGGGAGAGUGCAAGGAGGGAUGCGCUGUGUCAAGUUCCUGCUCUUCAUUUUCAACUUCGCCUUCUGGUUGGCGGGUUCAGCCGUCGUCGCGUUUGGGCUAUGGCUGCGGUUUGGAAACGUAAUAAGAGAUUUAGCGACUGACGAAAGGUCCCCAGAAUACUUUUAUAUGGGACUCUAUGUGCUGGUGGGAGCAGGUGUGCUAAUGAUGACCGUGGGAUUUUUUGGCUGUUGUGGAGCUGCCCGGGAAUCUCAGUGCCUGCUUGGAGCGUUCUUCACUUGCUUAUUGGUGAUUUUUGCUGCUGAAGUCACUGCAGGAGUUUUUGCUUUUCUUGGCAAAUCAGUGGCUAUUGCUGAAGUCCAGAGCAUCUAUGAAGAAGCAUAUGGAGAAUAUGUCAGUGAUCCAGGGAAAAACAAAACCCUCAUCCAAUUCCAUGAAGCCCUGCAAUGCUGCGGGAAAGAAAGUGACGUUCAGGUGAAGCCCACCUGUCCAAAAGACCUUGAACAGUCUAAAAAUUGUCUGGAUGAAAUUAACACUCUCAUUGACACAAAUCUGCAUUUAGUAGGCAUUGUUGGGAUUGCAAUUGCUGGAAUCACAAUCUUUGGCAUGGUGUUCAGCAUGGUCCUCUGCUGUGCAAUCCGCAACACAAGAGACAUGCUCUAGAUUCCAGCUGCAUGAGAUUAUUUUCAUCCCAGGGACUGGAAGGCUUCUGGAUAGAACAUACAAGAGGCGCUUGCACACUCAGCUUAACAACUGUAAUCCAUUUUAAUUAGCGUUGUUAACCAACUGACAGAGGAAAAGGGGGAUGUUUGGUGAGCCCAAGAGUUUGUAUUUAAAAUUUUGAGACAAAGAAUUCUGAAGUAAGUAAGUACAUUCAACUUAAAAAUGCCUUUUCCAAGACAAUGGCAAGAUCAGAAGCUUUUUAAAAUUAUUAUUUGUAAGAUUACUUUGCACAUGUGUGUGGGUGAACAGUGCCUGUAUCUCCUUAUUCAACUACAUGAGUGUUUGUUUUGGCACACAGUUGCAUGUGGUGCAACUGCACAGAUAUCUGUAUAUACGGUACUCCGUGUGAUCGUAUGUAUGUUUUGUGGGUGUCUGUAUUUGCAUGCAUAUUCCUGCGGUAUAUAUACACUUGGGUGCAUACCAGCCUAAAGCCCUUUCCAAGUGGACUCUACUUUGCUAAUAAUCAGUGGAGAAAGAAAUGGACUUUGGAAAACCCAGUGUCCCCUCUGAUCUUUAUUCAGACUCUGCACUAUUUAAAGGGGGCUAGAUUUAGCCAAUUGGAUUGAGUUAAAUGUUUUGUUACUAGGUUCCAUUGCUGGACAAUUCUUCUCCAUGGCAAGAUUUCUGCUGCAUUCGUUGCCACAUGCAGAAUUUUUGCUUUCUUUGAACACUGGUGUCUCCAUGAGAAAUCCUCCGGCCUGCUGCACAAAGGAAGAUAAAGCAGUGGUGGGAUGGCUCUCCAUCAGCGGAGCCCAGUUAAAGCAGUGGGUGCAAAACAGAGUUUAUCAGGUACAAGGACCUGUUGUGACACCUAUGCAGCCAUGUUUCUGAAGGUGGUCUCUCUCUCUCUCAUUCUCUCUCUCUCCCCUCAAUCUCCCUUUAAAUUAGCUUGUCCCUUAAGAGCAACUUAUUCUCCUUCAAAAUACCUUGGAUUCCUUGACUGUUGUUUCUUCCCCAAUAAACAUUACUUUGUGCCACUUGCCUCCAUUUUCUUCUCCAAACAAAGAAAAGUCCUUUGUGCAUAGUCAAAGAAACCGUAUUCCUUCUAUAGAGUAUGCCCAGUGUGAUAAUCCACCAAAACCCAGUGGGAAGAAAUAGCGUUUGCCACACUGGUGCAGCACAAUUCUAAGCGUACUUAUUCAGAAAUAAGUUCCUCUAUUCCACGAAAUGUAUUGUGCACUAAGUGUGCUUUGGUUUGUACCACGAGUGGAUGAGGAUUAUAGGCUUGCUGCAGUGAGCACCACACUGCUGUUCACAAUGGCUUAUUCAUUACACAAGCACUUCCACAUUAGCUUGGCACAGCAGAGGAAGAAGUAACCAACUAGCAUAACCUGGCCAAAGUAAAGCAUGUGCUUAACUCCUUCGCUGAAAUUACUGAGAGUCCACAGUUCAUUCUUUAUAUUUAAGGAAACACUCUUGAAAUGACAGGCAGGUGCAGAGGUAGCAAAAUAACUUUGCUGUUCUUUGAACCUAAAAACAAAACAAAAAAUAGGAAAAAAGGAGCACUAAGCUUUGCAGGCAGGAAGGAAAUGGGUUCCUUGUCAGUAAUGACAUCACAGGGACAGUGACUGGGACACUGGUGUAACCAAGUUUAACACAGCAGCCUUCACUAAAGAUGCUGGAAUUAUGUAGAACUGUACAUUUAUUUGGCUAAAAAGUGAUCCCUUGAAACAGACUGAAGAGAUUAGAGGAAAGGGCAUGGAACUAAGGGGUUUAAAGUAGCAUAUGCUAUGGCUUUUCCCCCACCUGUAGCACAGUAAAAAGCACCAGCCAACCCAGCUGCCAGAGUGUGAAUCGUUUUUAAAGUAGAGGUCAAAUGGCCUUCCUUUGCUUCAGCCCUGCCAUUAGGCCAAGUGAAGCAGGGAGCACAUGUUAGGAGGCGGGGAACUGUAGCAAAAUGUUGAAGGAGCACUGGAUGUGACCAUGUGGCCUGCCCUACUCUGCUGGCCAUUGGCAGCAAGACUAAAUUUCCAACCUGGCCAGUGUCCAUGGCCUCUGGCAGUAAAAUGUUUUCUGCUGGCUCUGCUUUGCUUUAUCCCUGUUCUAGACUCAGUACUUGAACAGAGGCUGCUCGCUCUGGUGGGACUCUGCAUUUACAGGACCUGUAUUAUCACAGAUGCUAAUUCAAGACCAGGACCUUCUUGCCAAAAUGCAGUGACCUUUCAGGAGAUCCAGCCCUUACACUUCUGAAUAAUAGAAUGUGGUCAAGAUUUAGAACAAGCAAAGUGGCAUUUUUUAUGCCUUCCACUUCUGUUCAUUCUUCCUGAAAAACAGAGCUCAGUUUAAUGCAGAGCAUUCUAACUAGGUCAUGCUGUCACUGUCUAAGCUGCGUAAAAGUUCUAGGAAUAACACUGUAUGCUUGAAAUACCUCAGGAGUAUGUUUACACUUUGCCUCUGUGAUUUGUACUGCUUCUAUUUAUUUCUGCUAAAAUAGUCCUUGAAAAAUAAUCAGAUGGAAUUAAUUCAGCUUGCCAGAAGGAAAUUGGCAUAUGGUGCAAUCCUAGUACAUUGCGCUCAAUGGGAUGUUGCCAUUGACUUGAAAGAGAGGUGCACCCUUUGGAUCCUUUCUGUCCAGUCAGUUUUCUGGGAAGCUGUUCGUUUAGAAAUGAGAACUCAGGAAACAAGUUCUGUUCUUCGUUUUAUGAUUCAGUUGUAAUAUUUUGAUUCAAGUGGGAAUGACCCAUCUAAAAGAACAUUUAGCAGAGCAUUUUUUCUCAAAAGAAAGGCAUAAUGUGCUCCAUGCGCAUUGUUCCAGCUAAACAUAUUAAAAGCAUAUGAGACCUCAGGGAAAGCCUUCUGUAGCAGGGCCCAAUUUGAAGGGUAAUGUGCACCCAAGUGUGUAUGUGUGUGUGUCAGAGUGAGAAGUCCCAAGGUGUGUGUAGCAUUUUCGUUCCUUUCCAAACAUGAAUGCAUGCAUUGCCCGUCUCUCCCAAGAGUCUUGAGCUAUGCCUUUGUAUCUCUCAUUGUCCCAGUUCAGACAUUUGGAUCCAUCAUGUUAUUUUAGACAAUGAGGUCUGCCUGUGAAGCAGACUCAUCAUAUGCUCAAUUCACCCUGCUCACACAAGUGGCCGCUGGUGCUAAUGGCUCCUGGGGCACCAGCUCAUCCUGUACAAUAUGAAAUUUACUGCCAUGGGUCUGAAUAGCUGAAUAAAGCCCUUGUUCUGUUUGGGAAGCAGACUUGCUUGCACUGUAAGUAGUUCUCACCUGGGAUUUGCAGAUUGAGUUGAUCAUAAACAGCUGAAAAACAGUAUAGGGCUGGGUGGGGGCAUGAUUUGUUCAAACAUUUUCAGCAAUAUUAAAAAUACUUUAAAAUUCAUUUUUCCUAUUCAGUGGAAAAUUAUGCUAGUUAGCCUUUGAAAAGUGAUUACAUUCCUAGGAUUUUUAUUGAAGAGGGAAAUUAGGGGAACAGAAAACCUGUUCAAACUGAGAAAAGGACACUUGUUCUUUUGUUGCUUCCCAACUUUUUUCCUUGCUCUUCUGUUUGACUAAUGUUAGGAAACAGGCCAUCCCCAUCAGAAGCUCAGCAAUUCUCAAAAGACAAACAGAAAGCUUGAUGCCCUAAAUACAGGUUAAAGAGCUCUUAUUCUGCUCCAUUCUGUCAGUUGCGUUUAUCACUGGCAGGGGGAACUACACUGAUCAGAAAAUGAAAUAUGUCAAAGCUGCACAUGGAUAGCUCCAGGCCAGAAAUGACUGCAAGUCACUCUCAGAUUAGCCUUUCAUUCUUCUAUGCAAUGGCUUUGUCCUUUGCAGACCUCACCCUUGCCUGCUGGCCUGUGCUGAUAACUGCGCUUCGGGCCGCACACGCAGGGUGGAGAUGUGGUAUCCACCUAGACAGAUCGGGCAGUGCCCACGCCUGCUGCUAGUGUCACUGGAGCAGCGGGGACAUCCGCUUACACACACGUGCCAUUAUUUUCUGCAUCUGACCUUCGGGUAGCGAUGGCAAUUUUGGCUUUUGCCUCUUUCUUCACUGACUCCACCAGAGUAGAUAAACUUAGAGGAACCUGUCUUGCUUCCCAAAUGUCAGUGCCUGUUGCUUGGGUGUUUCUUUACCUCUAAGUGCCUUUUUGGAAACAAGGAUGAAUGCCAGUUCGACAAGUAGGGGUUUUUUAAAUCAAUAUUGGAAUUGAAUUAUAUUCCCUACUAGUGAAUUCUCACUCCCCUACAUCCCACUGUUUUGCUUCUAUGCAUGUAGUGGUUAUAGUUGUCCUGGGGUCAUCUCCUUUCCAGAAGUAAUAAAAGCAUGUGCUUGGAAUUCCAAGGCAAGCAUGCAAUGGCAGCACAGGUGUGUUUUUCUGGAUUAUUUGCUUCUUCCAUAAAGCAGCAUGUAUUCAGGCUAUCAGUGCCUUUUGGAAACUCCAUAGCUGUAGCCUUCCAAUCUCACCAUGUUAGAGAUCAUUGCUAAUAAUCAUAUUUUGGGGUGUGUGGGAGAUGAUUCCUUCAAUUCUGAAUUAUAUCUGAAAGACACUGAAUAUCAGCAAUUUUUUUUAGCUUUGUCUAUCCCUUUCUUAAACUUUGCAUUUUUUUAGUGAUCAGUUACUAACAGUAUGCAAUCAGUGAGCAUGUGAUCAGUCUGUUUUGGAUGCCUUCUCCUAAGUUGCUUGCAAAUUGGCACUUCAGGUGACUUUCAAGUCAUCUGAAAUUGUAAGAGCAGUUUAGAGUAUGGCCAAGAAUCAGUUUCUCUUUAACUUUUCUAGACCAAGAACUGGGCUAAGGGCUGAGAUAGCCAGGUGUCCCUUUGGAGUCCUGCCUUUUAUUUGGGUUGCUGCUGCUGCAUCCAAAGCCUGGCAUUACCAUUUUAUUGCCCAACUCUACUAGAAAGGCAGUCUUUUCCUAAGGGUGCAGCCCCAUCACACCUGUGCCUGAUGCUCAUAAGCCUUUGACUCAAAGGCUUAGCAGCAUCCAAUACAAGGUGUGAGGUGAGGUGGCAGCAAAUGGCUGUCUGGAUUUGAUGUUAGAGUGGAGAAGGAAAAGAGCCUCACCACCAAUUGGAAUCAGAGUAACUCUGCAGUUCCAAUCUCUUCCUCUCUCUGCCCUCCUGCUUGCCCCCUUUCCCCCCUCUGAGACCUAGUUGCAACCUCAGUGUGGAUGCAUCUAGCACAGAUCUUUCCACUCAGGUUGUCAAGGGAUAGACCAGCUCUGAAAUUAUAGGUUUUUGGGGCUGGGGCUCUGAAGAAUCCUAUGACCUCCCCCCCCCCCCCCCCCCCCCCGCACUCCCAAAGGCUGUCAGGAAGCCAUAGAAUUGCACAGUGAGGGGACUAAUGUGAGAAAUGCUGACUGUAGGGACCCGGUAGAAGCGUCAGACUUCAGUAUGUAGGAAAAGUAGAGUGCAGUGAGAUGCUCCCAUGUGUCUUCAUUGCUGCUGAUGAACAGAGACGAAAACAGCACCUCCAAAAUGCAAACUGCAAAAAGAACAAACUCAGGUGCUGAAUUAUGUGAAUGGUUUACUGUGCUCCAUGUGUUUUGCAGUCCAGGACUCUUCCAUAGGAGCUUGGAAGAAUUAGAAAUUCUUCACAACCUUUGCAACAAGGACAGAAAAAAUAUACAUUUGGGGUUCUUUUGGCUGCUAUAUCUAAAGAUGUGCAGGGGCUUCUAAAUCUUUCAAGCUCCUCAGGAAGGACUCUUCAUAUUCAGAGCAUAUUCAAAACUAUCUGCACUAUCCAGAAAUGGCUUUGCUGUUUUUGGUUUUUAUUGCUGCUGGGCAAGCAGCUCUCCACAUGCUACCAAUCCUGGAGUUUAUGAUCUGUCUCAACACUGUCACCCUGCAAACUUGCCAAGCAGUGCCAUACUUUGAGGAGGUAGGUCCAAUUGCGGACCUUUUAAAAUACAUUUAAUAAGCCCUUACCUGGAGCAGAAAUGUCUAAAUUUUGUCCCUUGCAUAGCCUUGGGUACAUUAUGCAUCUAAUAGAUGUUCUUCUCUGGGAUCAUGUGCUCUGUGUAAAUAUGGGCAUUUUCACUAACAAUGGGAAUGACUGUACUGAGUUUCAGGCCUUCCACUGUCUUCCCUGAGUGAUGUCUCAAAUCUGUUGGAGAACUCUGUCUGACCACUCCUGGCAAGCCUGCAGGAAUCAGGCAAGACCUGACAGACACGGCACCACCAAAUAGCUAUGCCUCUUCUGCAGCUCUAAUGGUGGAAGCACUUCUUUUAUGUGAACAAAUGUUUUUUAUUGCAAUAGAUGUCAAAAAGCUGUUAUUUCCACCUUUUAAGGCCUAUAUUUUAGAGUCUGGGCUAAACACCUCAUUAACUCUUAAAAUGGUCAUAGAAGUGUAAAUAAAAGCUCUCCUUCCCCAGUGUGCCUGAUAUCUGACAUUAGUGCAUCUAGUUGUUACCAUGGGAAAUCGGGACAUUCACCAUGUAGUCAUUUCCCCUGGCUGUAAAUGUUGUUAAGCAAUGUUCUGUUAAUGAAAUAUGUUCUAGUAUGGCCUGCUCUUUCUGGAUGCAUUUUUUAUCACCCUUUCUCUGCUAAAGUUGGUGCAGAAAUCUAAUAAAAAUAAUCUGAAAUAAAA